GACGUGGGCUCGACACCUUUUUCAGCUUCUCCCUCCCGCAGUUCUAGUGCCCGAGCUUCGGCUCUCUGGGUUCUUCAACCCUUUCCUUCCCCCGACAACACCGGCUAGAGCCCAGUAGGCAACCUCCCAAUCCUCAACCCCACCCUAACCCCCACCCUGGAAGCUACCUUCCUGUUUCCAAGUCCCCUGGCUUGGGAUCCAGCCAGUCCGGUGGACCCAGGCACCCAAACGAGAGGGUAACCUUCGGCCCUCUCAGCCCCACCCCCUGCAGCUAGAGCCGCGCCCCCCUCUACCACAGAUCCCAGAGCGAAGGACAGAGAUUGAGGCAAGGGGAGAGGAUUCCAGGCAACCAACCCCUAGUCCAAUUCUGCCCCUCCAUCCUAAGAGGCAGAAAAAUUGUCUUCUUUUACUGAUUCGCUAACAGGAAAGCAAAAUCAAGGGGAAAAAUAAAAGGACACGGAGGAAAAGUGGCAACUAGAUUAUUUAGGAGAGGCACAGAGGAGAGAGAUUGGGGUGAGUCGCCAUGGGGACUCCCAAGGCCCAGCACCCGCCGCCUUCCCAGCUGCUGUUCCUAAUUCUGCUGAGCUGUCCCUGGAUUCAGGGUCUGCCCCUGAAGGACGAGGAGACAUUGCCAGAACCUGAAAGUGAGACCCCCACAGUGGCCUCUGAGGCCCUGGCUGAGUUGCUUCAUGGGGCUCUGCUGAGGAAGGGCCCAGAGAUAGGCUACUUGCCAGGAUCUGAUCCAGACUCCACACUAGCCACUCCUCCAGCCAGCCAGACUCUCGCAGCACCCUCCCUGCCACGGGCCACUGAACCAGGGACAGGGCCUCUGACCACAGCUGUAACCCCUAAAGGGGUCAGGGGGGCAGGACCUACAGCGCCAGAGCUGCUGACCCCGCCCCCGGGCACCACGGCCACGCCCCCUCCUGGCCCUGCCUCCCCAGUCCCGCCCCUUGGUCCAGAGGGAGGAGAGGAGGAGACCACUACCACCAUCAUCACUACGACCACGGUCACCACUACAGUCACUAGCCCAGUUCUGUGUAAUAACAACAUCUCUGAGGGCGAAGGGUUUGUGGAGUCUCCAGAUUUGAGCAGCCCCACCAGUCGCACAUUGGGGCUCCUGGACUGCACCUACAGCAUCCAUGUCUACCCUGGCUAUGGCAUUGAGAUCCAGGUACAGACACUGAACCUGUCUCAGGAGGAAGAGCUCCUUGUGCUGGCUGGUGGGGGAUCCCCAGGCCUGGCCCCCCGACUUCUAGCAAACUCCUCCAUGCUGGGAGAAGGACAGGUCCUUCGAAGCCCAACCAACAGGCUGCUUCUGCACUUCCAGAGCCCACGGCCCCCAAGGGGAGGUGGCUUCAGGAUCCACUAUCAGGCCUACCUCCUGAGCUGUGGCUUCCCUACCCGGCCGGCCCAUGGGGAUGCAAGUGUGACAGAUCUGCACCCUGGGGGCACUGCCACCUUCCACUGUGACUCAGGCUACCAGCUUCAGGGUGAGGAGACGCUCAUCUGCCUCAAUGGUACCCGGCCAGCCUGGAGUGGUGAACCCCCAAGCUGCAUGGCAUCCUGUGGCGGCACCAUCCACAAUGCUACGCUAGGCCGCAUCGUGUCCCCUGAGCCUGGGGGAGCAGCGGGACCCAAUCUUACCUGCCGUUGGGUCAUUGAAGCAGCUGAGGGACGCCGGCUACACCUGCACUUUGAGAGGGUCUCACUGGAUGAGGACAAUGACCGGCUGAUGGUACGCUCAGGGGGCAGUCCCCUGUCCCCUGUGAUCUAUGACUCCGACAUGGAUGAUGUCCCAGAGCGUGGUCUCAUCAGCGAUGCCCAGUCCCUCUACGUGGAGCUGCUGUCCGAGACACCUGCCAACCCCCUGCUGCUCAGCCUCCGAUUUGAAGCCUUUGAAGAGGAUCGCUGUUUCGCUCCUUUCCUGGCACAUGGCAAUGUCACUACCACAGACCCUGAGUACCGCCCAGGGGCACUGGCCACCUUUUCAUGCCUCCCAGGAUAUGCUCUGGAGCCCCCAGGCCCCCCCAGUGCCAUCGAAUGUGUGGACCCAACAGAACCCCACUGGAAUGACACAGAGCCAGCCUGCAAGGCCAUGUGUGGAGGGGAGCUGUCUGAGCCAGCUGGCGUGGUCCUCUCUCCCGACUGGCCCCAGAGCUACAGCCCUGGCCAGGACUGCGUGUGGGGCCUGCAUGUCCAGGAAGAGAAACGCAUCUUGCUGCAGGUUGAGAUUUUGAACGUGCGGGAAGGAGACAUGCUGACACUCUUCGACGGGGAUGGCCCCAGCGCCCGGGUGCUGGCUCAGCUGCGGGGGCCUCAGCCACGCCGCCGCCUCCUCUCCUCCGGGCCCGACCUCACGCUCCAGUUCCAGGCGCCGCCCGGGCCUCCAAACCCGGGCCUGGGUCAGGGCUUCGUAUUACACUUCAAAGAGGUCCCCAGGAACGACACCUGCCCCGAGCUGCCCCCUCCGGAAUGGGGCUGGAGGACGGCGUCCCACGGGGACCUGAUUCGGGGCACGGUGCUCACGUACCAAUGCGAGCCCGGCUACGAGCUGCUGGGCUCGGACAUCCUCACCUGCCAGUGGGACCUGUCCUGGAGCGCCGCGCCGCCCGCCUGCCAAAAGAUCAUGACCUGUGCCGACCCUGGAGAGAUCACCAAUGGGCACCGGACGGCCUCAGAUGCUGGCUUUCCUGUGGGCUCCCAUGUACAGUACCGCUGUCUGCCAGGGUACAGCCUGGAGGGAGCAGCCGUGCUCACCUGCUACAGCCGGGACACAGGCACACCCAAGUGGAGUGAUCGUGUCCCCAAGUGCGCCUUGAAGUAUGAGCCGUGCCUGAACCCUGGGGUCCCCGAGAAUGGCUACCAGACGCUGUAUAAGCACCACUACCAGGCUGGCGAGUCUCUGCGAUUCUUCUGCUAUGAGGGCUUUGAGCUUAUCGGCGAGGUCACCAUCACCUGCGUGCCCGGCCACCCUUCACAGUGGACCAGCCAGCCCCCGCUCUGCAAAGUGGCCUAUGAGGAGCUCCUGGACAACCGAAAACUGGAAGUGACCCAGACUACAGACCCGUCACGGCAGCUGGAGGGUGGAAACCUCGCCUUGGCCAUCUUGCUGCCCCUAGGCUUGGUCAUUGUCCUUGGUAGUGGCGUUUACAUAUACUACACCAACCCUUCUGUCCUCUCCCUUUCCAGGCUGCAAGGAAAAUCCCUUUUUGGCUUCUCGGGCUCACACUCUUACAGCCCCAUCACCGUGGAGUCGGACUUCAGCAACCCACUGUAUGAAGCUGGGGACACACGGGAGUACGAAGUUUCCAUCUGAACACAAGACCACGUCUGCAGGACCCAGGACACCCCUUCCCUCCUCAUUCAGGGCAGUGGGGAGCACAAGACCUAGUCUCUGGCUCCUGGCUUCCUUUUCCCCUGCUGUGUAAAUAGUUGCCCCACCCAACGAAGGGGCUUUGAUGGCCCUGGAGUCCCCACAGUAAAUAAACCAGCAUCCUGCCGCCCAAAGCCUCCUCUUCUCAGUUGCCAAACAAGGAGCCUGGCCUCUAUCUUGCUGGCUUUUGGACCCUGGGAGGGAAACUCAGCUCCCUUACAACUCUUAGGCCUCUCUGGCCCACCCACGGCUCCCUCCCUCAAGGACAGCCCUCCAUGGCUCUACCCUCCCCUUGGCUGUGAAGGCUCCUCACCUCCCUGAUGCCUGAGUCCCAGGCCUUGGAUGGGGAAAAGCAGAGGGAAGAAGAGGAGAGCUGGGCCAAGAUUCUGCCCCUUCCUGCUGUCUGUCUGACCCACAGUCUCCACCUUUGCUUCUGGAGUUUUUUGGUUUUGAGCAAUAAACAGAAAAUCAUCACUUGUAA